CUUCUACGCCCUCAUCCGAUAUCUGAAGGAGUCUCGGGAUGUUAUCUUUAACUUCGUUUGUCGAACCCUUAUGUUCUCGAAAGACGGCGUUCAGGAAAUCGAACUCGAAGACUUCCCAUAUGACUCCAUUCGCUCCCCUAUAUGGUGUCUCAUAGAUAAUUAUGGCGAGAGCGUCCUCUGCUACAGUUUAUCAGCCACCUAUACUCGCUUCAUCACGGUCAGACGAGCUGUAUUCCAGCUGGGCCAAAAGGAAGUAUGCUUCUCGGCUCCUUAUGAAUCCUUGGUGCGACGAGGAAAUUUCCAUAGGGGCAGAGCUUUUAAGUCACGACCAAGCCACGCUCGUCCUGUAUCAAUCGCUAUUGCCCAAAGUUUUGAACUCUUGCGGGCCUAUCAUACGGGACACUUAUAGUUGUCUCAUAUUCCAAGGAUCGAGUACUAUUAUAGACCGUAUCUAUGGUCCUCGUCUACGAGUUUCUAGUCCUGCUUCUCUCGCUCAAGUACUCACUACUUUUUACUGCUCUACAUGGGACAAUAUUUAUACGCCCUGCUCUUCGGCUUUAAUGUUUCGUCGACCGGCUGCAACUGCCGGAGGGAGCGACGAAGUGUAUCUGGACUUCCGCUCCCCUCGUCUUGCACAAGAAGUGUGGGACCAACUUAUUCAUCUCGGGUACGAAGAUGCGCUGGCCUGCUUCUCCCCUUUUAGAUAUAACCCCGCUGAAACUGUCGCUGGCCAAUGGCUGUUUCAAGUCAUUGCUCGCAAACAGAUAUGCCGGGAAAUGACGCAAUCAAAAAAUUUGCCUCCUCUUCAGGAAAUGCGUCUGUGCGAGGGGACAAGGAACGACCUUUAUCGACGCUAAGAUUCGUAAUCAUCACUGUUUUCCCAUCAGUGGCGCCAAAAAGGCACCAGUC